AUGGAGCCAAUCGAGUGUGAAAUCAACCUUUCUGACAUUGACACUUCUGAGAAUGAAAAUGACAUUCGCGCGAACAAGGAAAUGAAGGUCAGUCUUUCUGAGGGUGAAAAUGAUACUUCCGAGAGCGAGGACAUGGAGGAUCUUUCUGAACUGAAAGGGAAUCUCUUGGAUACCCUGUCAGAAAUCCAAUCAAAUGGCACGUUCAUAACAGCGAAAGAACUAUCUACUGCUAUUAUUCCUGGUCUUCACGUUCCUGGUAUUGGAGCCAUCGGGCUUCCUGUCACACCCGAUCAAGUGAAGGCUAUGAUUCAAUCUUCCAGAAUGAGCCCUUACGGCAAGGGAAGCGAGACAUUGGUGAAUGAAUCGGUGCGCAAAAGUUGGCAACUUGAUGCCAAUCAGUUUUCUCUUCAGAACCCGCUUUGGAAAGCGCAACUUGACAAUUUCAAAAAAGAGGCUAUUACGGGCCUAGGCCUUACCGCAAACCCAGAGGAGGUCAAGGCAGAGCUGUAUAAAUUGCUCAUAUACGAAGAGGGCGCUUUUUUCUUACCACAUCAGGACUCAGAAAAGGCAGACGGCAUGUUUGCGACACUCGUUGUCAGUCUUCCCUCAAAACAUCAGGGAGGUGAUGUGGUUGCCUCACAUAAGGAUAAAAAAAUGAUAUUCAGCACGGCGGGAAACUCCGAAUUUGGCUUCUCAUGGGCUGCCUGGUAUGCCGACGUCAUGCACGAGGUGAAACCCGUUGUAUCCGGCUAUAGAAUUGUGCUUGUUUACAAUAUGAUACACCGCCCAUCAGCCAUGAUCGUAAAAGCUCGUGACAGUGAGAUGGGCUAUCUCAGCAAGCUGCUUGCUUCGUGGGCUCGUGCCGUUGAGAAUUCGAUGCAUAAUCUACGGAGUUGGAGCGACCAUAUUGAAGACGACUGCCCUCCAGCACUUGUAUAUCUACUCGAUCAUAAGUAUUCCAUUGCAGAGCUCAGACCCUCUCGACUCAAGGGAGUUGAUCAGCAUCGCUUUCUCCAGUUACAGGAAGCCUGCCGCAAGAACGAUUGUGAGAUUUACCUGGCAAAUAUCGAGAAAACGACUACGGGAGAUGUAUAUGAGGAUGAUUACCACGACGAUUACUACGGCAGUUACGGCCGUGGCCGUCGACUUAACGGUAAAGAUUUUCAUAAUCUCGAGGAGGUGUAUGAGUCUAGCCUUGAAUUACUGCAUGUCGUGGAUACCAAAGGCGUAGUAGUCGGAGCAAAACUGUCAUUCCCCGAAAGCAUGAUAGUCCAGAGUGAUAUUUUUGAGCGGGAUCCGGAUGAUGAAGAUUUUGAAGGUUUUACUGGCAACGAAGGUGCUCAUGCAACUCACUUUUUCCGAGAGACAGAUCUAAUCAUGAAGAGAGCGUUGGAACUCACCGACUUUGGACUGUUUGGUCGGGCUUUAUUGCUUGCUGGUUACUUCUCAGACUCUCAUAUAGCCUUGAUCGCCCAGGUUAUCGCUGAUCAUGGAAUAACCCCCAUACGCAAGCCUCUGGACACGAUGAUCAAGGGCACAGACCAAUACGGGCACAGAUCUGGACCAAGAUUGCACAUAUUGUCCGAUAUUAUGAAAGAAUACCAAUCAGUCUGUACACAGACGAACCGAUCGCUUUCGAAUGAGGUAAUAGAUUGGCAAAAUGUGAUGUUUCUCAAUGCAAUCUCCGCUCAACUGGAAGGUUCGGAGUCUGAUGGACAAAAGCUGGCAAAAUCGCUAUCUAAUUUGCCUGUAUCUGGGUCACUUACGAAGAAAAUCGAGGAAUACUUACAACACCAUUUGGAGAACACUACUUUUAUUGCCUCGUUCAUUAUAUCUGCAAACGAGUGCUUGCCGGCAGAAAAUUCACAUGAGGAUGCGAUAGCUGGAAUGAUAAGGCGCUUGUUUCCAAAGGCUAUCCAGUCUUUCAAGAUUGAACACGAAUCAAAUCUGAGCUUUAGUGGAGCUCAUACAAACUCCCACACUAGUUAUGGGUGGAAGAAUAUCUGCAUUUCUCCCACAUUAGUGAUCAAGUUGAUCAAGCUAGCCAGUUCUAUGGAGACCGACACGGAUGGUGUGAUGAAUGUUCUUGCCAGAUAUGCCAAUAACGUCAGGGGUGAUGCAGCGGCGAGCGCUUUUCAUGAAUUUCUAUUCCCUGUAGCGAUGGGGAUUUGUGAGGAUAUAGCACAGACAAAACGAUCUUGGACCGCUGGAGAAAAGGACUUCCUCUUUGGUUUAUUGAAAUCCUAUGUGAAUGGUUUUGUCAAAAAAGCUAGCCCUCCACCAGCGGAUUUCAAAGCCAAAACAAAUAUCCGUUGCACCUGUUCUGACUGCAUGGAUUUACGCAAAUUCAUUGAUGACCAAAGUGUGAGGACUCGGGACUUCAGUUUAGCAGAAAAACGCCGAAAACACCUAGAGCAGCAACUCGAUAGGUCCUACUUUUCCACAGACACCAUCCAAAGGGGUUCACCAUACAAAUUACGUGUCGAGAAAACAAAUGCUAUGCUUGUUUCUUACUUCAACGCGUGGGUUAAAAGAGCACGCAUCGCAAAUUCUGUGCUGGAGAAACUAUCGGAAAAGGGGCCUCUGAAGGAGAUUCUUGGAGAGAGCAAUUAUCGCUCCAUUUUAGAGCAUACCAACCUCCAGAUUCCCACAGAUAGUCCAUCCAACAAUACCACUACCACGAACGCUAGACCUAGGAUUCAAAGCACAGUACCGCAGAAGCGUUCCUUGAGCGGUUACUACUAGAACCGGCCCGGCUAUUGGCAGGUUGCAUUCUAGAAUUAUGCUCGUUAUCGCAAGAUUUCGACGGAUACUAAAAGAAAUGUCUUUAUACGCGUAGCCAAUACUAGUUCAAGUGAUAUGUACAUUAUUUCAGAUGUUUAUACGUGUGGGUACU